GAAUUUUAGCGUGGAAAACCCGUUAACUAGGGAAAAACCACGGGACCAUUUUGGCCGCUUAAAUCCACUAUCAUCAUCAAAGGAGCAGUACACAAUCUUCUCUAGAUAAUACUAGAGGCAUACAACAUCAUCAUAUCCUUGGAAGUAAGAACAUCAAGGUGUAUGGAAUCAAAUAGAGCCAAGAUAAGAAAAUAUAUCACCAGAAAAUAGCUACUGUCCAGACCAACAAAACCCGACCUCCGGACCACAAAACCCGAUCUCCACCGUCCAGAAUAUUGGCCCUGAUGCUGUGAAGCUGCUGUCCAAAAAUCACGACGAUCCAACGGUUCAAUCUCCGGGAAACGGAAUUUUUCUGCUGCUGCUGCUGGAAAAACGGGAUGAGCACACUUCAGCUCAUGUUUUGUGAUUGUUCUCACUUAUCUGCUGCUCUCUUUCUGUCCAUGAGUAAUAGAUAGAUGGCAGACCCUGUUUUUAAUAUUAGCUCCCAAAAUAGAAAGUCAAAGAAGACUUUUGAUGGGCUCAAGAGUUGGGCUUUCCUCAUGGGUCAAAAAUAAAGAAAGAACCCAACAAAUCUCCCCCUUUUUUACUUAUGAGGAAGAGUUCGCCAUACCGGCGAUGGAGCAACAUACCUUCAAUUUUUCCCUUGCUAGAACCUUCGUCAACAUAUCGGCACCAUUAUCAUCGGUAUGAACUUUAUCAAGUUCAAACAGUUUGUCUUCAAGUGCAUCUCUAAUCCAAUGAUACCUCACAUCGAUAUGUUUGGUUCGUUUGUGAAACAUAGAAUUUUUGGCAAGGUGAAUGGUACUUUGAUUAUCACAAAGAAUCACGUAGCGUUGUUGCAUAAAGCCAAUCUCUUGCAUAAAUCUUUUGAGCCAUAAUAGCUCCUUACACGCUUCUGUUGCAGCCACAUACUCAGCCUCGGUGGUGGAUAGAACCACACACUUUUGCAGUCUCGAUUGCCAUGACACAGCUCCCCCUGCAAAAGUCAUCAAAUAUCCAGAAGUGGAUUUCAUGUUGUCCUUAUUUCCUGCCAUAUCAGAAUCAGUAUAACCAACAAGUAUUGGCUUCCCAUUUCCAAAUGUUAUACCCAAUUUGGAAGUACCACGUAGAUAUCUGAGAAUCCACUUCACUGCUUCCCAAUGCUUCUUACCUGGAUUUGACAGAAAACGACUAACAACACCUACUGCAUGAGCAAUAUCAGGUCGUGUGCACACCAUAGCAUACAUCAAGCUCCCUACAGCUGAGGCAUAAGGAACUCUAUCCAUCUCUUCAAUCUUCUUCUCAGAAGAUGGACAAUCUUUAUCUGUCAACCUGAAGUUGGUAGUAAGAGGUGAACUAACCUCUUUAGCUUUGUCCAUGUUGAAUCUGCGAAGCACCUUCUCAAUGUAUUGCUCCUGUGACAUGUGUAGCUUCUUCAAAGCUCUAUCUCGAGUGAUCCGAAUGCCAAGAAUCUGUUUUGCUGGCCCCAAGUCUUUCAUAGCAAAAGACUUGCUCAAUUGCAUCUUCAGCUGAGUAAUUCUUUCUGCAUUCUUGCCAACAAUUAACAUGUCAUCAACAUAUAACAAUAAAAUAAUGAAAUCAUCAUCAUCGAACCUCUGGAAGAAAACACAAUGGUCUGAAGUAGUCUUUCGGUAAUUUUGCUCCCCCAUAACUGACUCAAACUUCUUGUACCACUGUCUUGGUGCUUGCUUCAACCCAUAAAGACUCUUUUGAAGUCUACACACAUAGCCUUCUUUUCCCUUAACCUGAAACCCUUCAGGUUGCUCCAUGUAGAUUUCUUUAUCCAAGUCACCAUGAAGAAAAGCUGUUUUGACAUCCAUCUGUUCAACCUCAAGAUCAAGGCUGGCUGCCAAACCCAGAACAACACGAAUAGAUCCCAUCUUCACGACCGGAGAGAAAAUCUCAUCAAAAUCAAUACCCUUUCUCUGACUGAACCCUUUGACCACCAAUCUAGCCUUGUACCUAGGUUGUGAGGUGUGCUCUUCAGUCUUCACUUUGUAGACCCACUUGUUCUUCAGAGCUCUCUUGCCUUUAGGCAACUUCACCAACUCAAAUGUAUUAUUUUCAUGUAAGGAAUUCAUCUCAUCUUGCAUGGCUUCAACCCACUCCCUUUUGUGCUCAUCUUCCAUGGCCUCUGCAUAACACUCAGGCUCUCCCCCAUCAGUGAGUAAGACAUACUCAUUAGCUGAAAAACGGGUGGAAGGAUGACGAUCUCUUGUAGACCGCCUAAGUGGGAUAAAUGGUGGCACGUCUGGUACUGGUAUCUCUGAAUGAAAUUCUUCAUCCACCUCUGGCUGUUCUGGAGUAUCAGUAUCAUGUUGUUCAUCAUUCUGAACAUCAUUAUCAAGAGGUGGUUCUACAUGUUGAGGAGGCACUGGAUCCAAAUCAGUAACAUCAUCAUUAUGUUGAGGAACUGUAUCUUUCUUCUCAACAUCUUUCAAGUUCUGAUCUUCCACAAACACAACAUCUCGACUUCGAAUAAGUUUCUUGUGGACUGGAUCAUAUAAUCUGUAACCAAACUCAUCUUGGCCAUAACCCAAGAAAACACAUGGUUUGGACUUCACAUCAAGCUUUGAUCUUUCAUCUUUAGGAAUGUGCACAAAAGCUUUGCAUCCAAAGACCCUUAAAUGACGGUAAGAGACAUCUUUGCCACUCCAAACCCUGUCAGGUACAUCAAAAGACAAAGGAACACAAGGAGUUAGAUUAAUAACAUGUACCGCUGUAUUCAAAGCUUCUCCCCAGAAUGUAUUUGGCAGCCCUGCAUGUGACAACAAACAUCUGACACGCUCCAUCAAAGUUCUGUUCAUCCGCUCUGCUAAUCCGUUCAGCUGCGGUGUCUUGGGAGGACUCUUUUGAUGUCGAAUACCAUGGUCUCUACAAUAAGCAUCAAAGGGGCCAAUGUAUUCCCCUCCAUUAUCUGUCCGAAUACACUUGAGCUUCUUUCCAGUCUGUCUCUCAACCGAGGCAUGAAACUGCUUAAACACCUCAAAUACUUGAUCUUUAGAUUUCAAGGUAUAAACCCAUACCUUUCUGGAGUGAUCAUCAAUGAAUGUGACAAAGUAGGAGCAACCACCAAGUGUCCUAGUCUUCAUAGGACCACAAACAUCAGAAUGCACCAAAUCAAGUAUACUCUCCUUCCUGGAAGGAGGAUGGCUCUUAAAGGAGACCCUGUUCUGUUUACCUGCCAAACAGUGAGAACACUUCUUUAGAUGAAUAUCAUGCACACCCGGUAACACAUUUCUCUUCAACAAAAGAGACAUCCCCUUUUCACUCAUGUGACCAAGUCUCUUAUGCCAUAAAUCAGUCAUGUCAGUGUUCACCACAGCAUUGACCCUAUCCUUGAAGAUCUUCGGAUGUGUCAUGUACAACUUUGAGCAUCUUUUACCUCUAGCCACGAUCAAAGAACCACGAGUGAGUUUCCAUAUUCCAUUACCAAAGUUGUUGCUGUAACCAUCAUCAUCAAGUAAGCCUGCGGAGAUCAAAUUAAGUCUCAUAUCUGGAACAUGUUUUACAUUAUGUAAAACCAACUCUAUCCCAGUGUCAAACUUCAAACAAAUAUCUCCGAUGCCUGCAAUCUUUGAUAGUCCAUUAUUACCCAUCCUAACAUUACCAAAGUUACCUGGAGUGUAAGAUGAAUAAAAAUCCCUCUGUGAUGUUACAUGACAAGUAGCACCACUAUCAACAACCCAACUGGAAUCAUCAUGUGCAAUGUUGACCAUAUCAAGAUCAGAACAAAUAAGGAACUCAUCGGUAGCACUGUUAACUUCAGCAUUGCCAUUACCACCCUCAUCUUUCUUAUGGUUCUUUUGAUUGUUGUAAUCGCUCUUCUUCUUCUCCUUUUUCAAUUGCCUGCAGAACCGUAUUGUGUGGCCUUUUCUACCACAAUGAUAGCACUCAAAAUCAGCAAAUUUUCCUUUGGAUUUACUUCGAUGCUUCCCUUUGUUACCUGGACCUCUACUCUGACUUCUCCCCCUGCUUUCUGUAACUAAGACAUCAGAAUGUGAAGAGGAACCUUGUGACUUUCUUCUCAUCUCUUCAUUUAAAACACUGCCUUUAGCUAAUUCCAUGGUGAUAAUACCAUCUGGUGCAGAGUUGGACAAUGAUGUCCUAAAAGUCUCCCAUGAGUCCGGUAAAGUGCCAAGGAGCCACAAGCCUUGUAUCUCAUCUUCAAACUUGAUACCCAUUCCUGCAAGUUGAUUUAUGAUUCCCUGAAAAGAAUUCAAAUGAUCAGUGACAGGAGUUCCAUCAUGGUAUUUCAAGCUCAUCAUCUGUUUUAUUAAGAACAAUUUAUUGUUCCCGGUCUUUCGAGCAUACAACUGUUCAAGCUUGUUCCACAAACUGCGAGCAUGAGUUUCCCCGCUAAUAUGGUUCAAAACAUUAUCAUCAACCCAUUGGCGAAUAUACCCACAAACCUGUCUAUGCAAAAUAUUCCACUCUGCAUCUGUUUUACUCUCAGGUUUAUCAGUAGUAAACACAGGCAAAUAAUAAUCCUUCACAUAAAGUAGGUCUUCCAUUUUGCCUUUCCAAACAUGAUAAUUAGAACCAUUCAAAUUGAUCAUCCUACUUGUGUUUGCUUCCAUCAUUCAAACAAGUCUAACCCAAUACAGAAGAACCUGGCUCUGAUACCAAUUUGAUGGGGAAAAACAGCCCCAAACGGAACUAAUAAAAUGCGGAAUUAAUCUCCGUUUGGCUAAACUUUCCCCAACUUGAAUGAACCUUUGAGGAUGCAAACAAAUAGGGUGUUCUUAAUACAAUUAGAACACACAAUAUGGCUGCCACACACCAAUAUAAUGAGCUAAAACAGUAAGCACACACCACACAAAAACACCGGAAUUUUAGCGUGGAAAACCCGUUAACUAGGGAAAAACCACGGGACCAUUUUGGCCGCUUAAAUCCACUAUCAUCAUCAAAGGAGCAGUACACAAUCUUCUCUAGAUAAUACUAGAGGCAUACAACAUCAUCAUAUCCUUGGAAGUAAGAACAUCAAGGUGUAUGGAAUCAAAUAGAGCCAAGAUAAGAAAAUAUAUCACCAGAAAAUAGCUACUGUCCAGACCAACAAAACCCGACCUCCGGACCACAAAACCCGAUCUCCACCGUCCAGAAUAUUGGCCCUGAUGCUGUGAAGCUGCUGUCCAAAAAUCACGACGAUCCAACGGUUCAAUCUCCGGGAAACGGAAUUUUUCUGCUGCUGCUGCUGGAAAAACGGGAUGAGCACACUUCAGCUCAUGUUUUGUGAUUGUUCUCACUUAUCUGCUGCUCUCUUUCUGUCCAUGAGUAAUAGAUAGAUGGCAGACCCUGUUUUUAAUAUUAGCUCCCAAAAUAGAAAGUCAAAGAAGACUUUUGAUGGGCUCAAGAGUUGGGCUUUCCUCAUGGGUCAAAAAUAAAGAAAGAACCCAACAUUAUGCUCAUCCUUCUCAUCACCAUAGACCUACAUCUGAAGCCGGUCGUUCUAUUCCACAAAACCGUUAUAAUGCUUCAUUGCCUUGUGAUGGCAGUAAGCCGCAAAAUGCAUCUACAAGUGAAGUUCUUCCACAAAAGGAUGAACAUUAUCCCCCUAAACAGAAAACCAGAGCUCUCUUUUCAAGUUCUCCCUUGCCAGAGGAUUACAAUUGGGGAGAAUAUGAAUCUUGUUCUUCUCCUCCCAUAAGCAAAAGUACUGAACUCCAUGAGGCAUGGAGAGAGGAGAUUGAGGGAGAGAAGGAAAGUAAUGAUCCAUUUAUUGAGGCUCCUAGAGUCUACUCUGGGGAAUGGGAGAGAGAGGAGGAUAAUGUUGAAGGAUUUGAAGAGGCAUUUGUUGAAAUUCCUGAGGAUAUUCUAUCAAUGCUGAUGCAAGAGGUUCAACUGCUGAAGGAGAGGCAAAUAUUACAUUACAUUUUAAAACUGCCGCACGAAGUACCAAACAUCGUAUUCGGAUAAACACGUUUAUUCAGCAAGUUCGAAUUUGUUUUCGGGUGUAUGAGGGGUGUAUCUUAGGUUCAUUUAUGUAAUUGUUGGGUUGUGGGGUCUUAAAUAAGGCGUUUUUUUUAUGUAAUAUACUAUCUCCGUCCCUUAAAACUUUGCCAAAGUUGACCAGCACGGAGAAUAAUAAGUAAAAACUGUAUGGUUGAAGUUUGUGCAGAUGAGAGAGAAAUAACAGAAACCACAAAAUAUUGAUUAAAAUGGAAAGUGACAAAGUUUUUUGGGACGUCCCAAAAAGGAAAGUUGACAAAGUUUUAAGGGACGGAGGGAGUAUGUAUAAGCCUAUAUCCCCAACCCGCAUCUAUCCUUCGCCCACCACCUGUCAAUCGUUCUACGACAGCCAAUUCAGGUACGCAUGCACUUCACUAUACUUCUAUUGAGGGGGUGUUUGAAUCUGAUUCUAAAACUGCACUUCACGAUGCAGAAGUUGGAGUGUUUGAGUGAAAAUGCAGAAGUGAUUCUAGAAUCAGUUUUUUUAGAAUUUGGAAGGACCAUCUUCUGAAAACUGAUUCUGAUUCUGCUUUAAAAAGAAGCAGAAACAGAAUCAGUUCCAAACACCCCUGAAUUGGUUCGAUUUGUUAUUCCAAAUGUGCAUUUAGCCAUCAUUAUGGUAAACAUCAAUGAGAUGAUAUGAAUUUAGAUAAUUCCAUGUAAAACAAUUGCAGUGUGCCAACUUGAAACCCCCCGACUCCCCGAGGAGUGAUCGAGGAGCUAUCAUUUUUUGUUGUUAUUUGGUUUUUCACUUAUACUCUUUGUCUCUCUUUCAUGCAUUGUACUUUUUCACCAAGAAUUUUUUUGCCAUAUUUGAUGGUUGUGUUGGUUUGGUAUAAUCGUAUUUGGUAAUGGGGAAGCCCGCAUUUGUGUAUUCACUGUAUUGUACUCGUAUAUACUCCCUUUGUCCCGCUAUGAUUGUCCAAUUUUACCAUUUCGGUCCGUCCCACUAAGAUUGUCUCAUACCUUAUUUGAUAAAGUUAGUGUGGUUCUAAAUCAUUCCUACUUUAUUCUUACUUUAUCAAUUCAAUAUCAACCAUACAAAUCCACUUUUAUUAAUAAACGUGUCACCUUCUCUUGUCCCAAACUUAGGGGAACGGUUGUAGUAAUUAUCUAUGCAUUGAUUUUUUGUUUUGUUUUUGUUGGUCCAGGACUGCCAAUUGGACCUACCUUUUGCAUAUGUCAAGAAAGUUAGUCCUGGCCUGCCGUUUUUCCUUUUUAACUAAUCUGAUGUGAAGCUUCUAGGUACAUUUGAGGCUCUUGGCCCUAUUUGAGGGGGUUUGGCGUAUGAUUAAUUAUAACACGGGUUUGACGCAUAUUUUAAAUCAUAGGGGUACAUUAAACCCUAAAUAAAAGCUAAGUACGAUAAAAAGCAAGAUAUGAUAAUUAAAUGUCAAGACAACGAUAAAAAAAGAUAUGAUAAAAAUAAUAAAAUAAAAUAGGACAAAAAUGAUAAAUAGCAUGACAUGACUACUCUUUUAUUAAGAUAGAGGAAGAUAAAGAAUAAGAACACAUAUAUUGGGAAUGGUUUUUUCAACAAGAUUAUCAGAUCGAGAACUUCUAGAUCGCGCAGGAGAUCCCUCUUGGAACCAUUUUAAGGUUCCUAGAAGGAGUGCAAGGCUCGCCUCCAGAAACUGAAGACUUUCUUUUCUAUAGUUUUAACUUUAUUCUUUAGCUUCCAUCUGUCUUUAGCUUUCAUCCGUCAUUAGCUGUUAUCUUUCGUUGGCAUUUGUACAUUUUUACGAGUUUAAAAAAAAUCUUUCCAUUAGAAAAAAUUGGAGAUGGUUCAAAUACAAAGUAAGAAUGAAUCUUGUGCAUUGAUUGCCACAUCUAAUGGCUCAAAAUGAGCCAAAAAUGCACUAAAUUGAAUAAAAACGCAGUGGGAAUUUCAUAAAUAAUCCGAAAUUUUUUGCCACCGCGUAAAAGUGCAGCAGAAGCAUGCAAAAGUGCAACGCUGUGAGGAAAGAGUGCAACUGUUCGCACUUUGCACGGGAACACCUCUUUUUAUUUGAACUCUUCCCUAUAUAUAUGCAUCUAAUGUGAGAAAUUUGAACAAAUCUUAUUUGUUAUAUUUAGGAUGUUGCACUGAUGCUGCCCUAAUGUUGCACUGAUGUUGCCCUAAUGUUGCACCGUUGCACUAAUAUUGCACAAAUGUUGCACUAAAAUAGCAUCUAUUAUGUAAUGUUCGCUUUGAUUGUGUCAUCUAAAUACGAAUCUUUGCUGUAUUGGCAUGCCUACGAUAUGACAUUUUGGCGAUGUUCUACUUGCCUUCUUCUCCGGGCUGUACUAGAUCGAAUGUAGACACCUUUAAAUAGGCAUACACAUUUGUUUAUACGUGUAAAUGUUGAAAUAACAAUGCGGGGUUAAUGUACAUACCAGAGACAUAACAAUGCAGGAUAUUAUGUGCAGAGAGAUAUCCCAGUGGUUCAUCAUGGAAUUUUGAAGGGGAUAAAAGCGAUGGGAAACUUAUUUUGUGUGAUUAUUGGUAUUUGUUUGUGUUUCAUCUUGUCAGAUUGAUCACUUAUGUAGUGUAUUAUUGAAGUGUGAUAUUUUGUAGGAGACUUUGACUGAAUGGGUUCCAUGAAGAAGAAUAAAAACCAGACAAUGAGGAACGGCGACCGAUCCAACAGCACAACUGCAGUGUGCCCACUCGGAACCUCCCGAAGAGUGACCUCGGAGCUGUCAUUUUUUGCUGUAAAAGCCAUACAAUUGAAGAAUGUUUUUCGAAGCUGUUAUUUGGAUUUUCUCUUACACUCUAUGUCUCUCUUUCAUGCAUUGUACUUUUUCACCAAUAAUAUUUUUUGCAGUAUUUGAUGGUUAUGUUGUUUUGGUAUAAUCAUAGUUGGUAAUGGGUGAAUCCCACAUUUGUGUAUUGUAUGUAAUUAUAAAUGCAUUGUGUUUUAUCAAUAUGCUACUCUUUAUAAUUUCUACCAAAUCUGAUAUGAUUCUUUGUUUUAUUUUUGUUGUUCAGGUCUGCCAUUUUGACAUUUUGCCUAUGUCAUGAAGGUUAGUGCUGGCAUGCCGCUCUUCCUUUUUAAUUAUAGUGAUCGGAAGCUUCUGGGUACAUUUGAGGGUGUUGGCCCUGGAAAACUAAAUAUAUAUUGACCCAUAUGCAUGGACUGUUCGAGAGGUGCUAUGCUUUGAAAAAAGACCAGUUUUACCCUGUCAUUGCUGGUAACUACUAUGAUCAAGCUCACUCAUGCCAUUUUUGGUUUGAGAUGGACCAUUCUCAAAAAGCCAAGAUGAUCAGCUUGUUUUCAUCUUCAGCUCAGCCUUAUGCUCGUCCCUCUCAUCACCAUAGACCUACAUCCGAAGCCGGUUGUUUUAUUCUGUGAAACCGUUAUAAUGGUCCUUUGCCUUACGAUGGCAGUUAGCCGCAAAAUGCAUCUACAAGUGAAGCGAUUCCACAAAAGGAUGCACAUGCUUCCUCUGAACAGAAAACGUGAGCUCUCUGUUCAAAAAUCACACAUCUUCAGGUCCAAGUUCACCCUUGGCAGAGGAUUACAAUGGGGGAGAAUGGGAAUCUUGUUCUUCACCUCCAAUAACCAAAAGUGAACUCGAUGACUCCAUGAGGCAUGCAGAGAGGAGAUUGAGGGAGAUAAAGAAAGUAAUUAUCCAUUUAAUGAGGCCCCUGAAGUCUAUUCUGGCGAAUGGAAGGUACAGCAGGUUGAAGAAGAUGCAAACAAUAUUUAACCAUUUCUUCAGGUUCCUGAAUAUUUGGUGGGAGUUCUUCAACUGAACUGAAUGAGGUUUGUGCAGAGGAGGAUAAUGUUGAAAGAUAUAAAUAAAGAGCCAUUUGUUGAAGCUCCUGAUAUUCCAUCAAUGUUUGCUCCAUUUAUACUUCAUAAUUUUAUUGAGAUAUCUUCUGUUUUUACUCAUAUCACUGUAAACUGUUACUUUUUAUUUAAAGCUGAUGCAAGAGGUUCAAUUAAUGGAGAGGCAAAUGAAACAAUAAGAGAAAAUUCAGGCUCUUGAGAAGGAGCUGGCUGGUAUGUGUGCUUGAGAUUUAAGAUUGAUACACGUGUAACUUCCGUGUUUAUGUUUG